AUGCCGCUUAUGCAUGGCAAGAAGAGCGGAAGUGGAAAGGCAUCUAGAGAGGCUCAGUCCGGUUCCACCGGAAGAAAAUAUUCUAUAUCAGGGUUUUUUGUUGGGCAGCAUCGCUCGCGUGAGGGAAAUUCGCCAAAGGACAAAAAUCCAAGCAAUAAAAAAGAAGGAUAUCCACCGACUUCUGAGUCCCCUACUUCGCCUUCCCGUCCGGACAAUCCACGCAGGGUUUCGGGACGACCAAGUAUAUAUAUUCCCAAGCCGGCUGUUCCCGCUGAAGUCCAGGAGGCGUAUGAAUCUGCAACCCAUCUGGAAGAGGUCUCGGACACCUCGAACUCCCUGUCCGAAAAUGAACUGAAAUACAUCUUUUCUGGAGCGCCGCACUUUUUGCUGGAGAAAGGGAAACGUCCCCAGUGGUAUCCUCAUGUGAUUUUCCCAUGGGAUGAGAGCACGAGAAUCCAAAAUCUCACCGAUCGAAAACCUUUGCAACACCCUUCCUUCACACUGUCAACUCUCCAUGCCCAUAUCCCGGUAUCUCCGGAGAAUGGAGGAAUACAGAUAUAUCCAGACACCUUAACUGCAAAACCCGGCAGUAGACCACCGUCUUUUGACGUCGGAGUUUUCGAGAUCCCUAACAUGCUCUCGUCUACGGCGAAAGAGGAUGGUUGUAUUGGAUUUCGCAAUUUCAUGGAGCUUCCUAUUCUGUAUGAGCCCAAACCAAUGCAGCGUUCCGUUCGGCAGCGCCAGUUUGAUAAGCACCUGCACCUGAUAACUGGGUCGAAUGGAAAAAAUGAACCUUACUCCGAUUAUCGUCCCAAUGCCAAUCUCGAUCGUCUGAAAUUGAUAGCGGAAGGCCCUGCUGCUUGGAAACGCAUUGGUGUCCGCGAUUGCUCCAUGGAGACCAUUACAGAGAGGCUGCAAACUCUUUCAGAUGUGCAGGACCAAAUUACUCUUCAAGGACAGUCUGUUACCCUGCUUGACAAGCAGACAGUCUCAGACCUCCACCGUCAUCUCUUCAGCACAUUUUUAUAUCCGCCCCCAAACAACGUCGAUGCGGAACACCCCGAUAGCUUUCGGUUCCAGAUUAGCACGCUAAUCCAAGUGCUGGGCAUCAAGGGUGCCUGGGUAGAUUUUAGCCUAGCCGAGUGGAGGACCCGUGCGGGUCAAAUCCUCUGGGAAUUUCCUCCACAUCAGGACGGCGAUUGUCUGAAUAAUGUUCCAAAAUCAAAGAGCUCAAAUAUUACGCUGGAACGGAAGUGGCUUCUAAUUCAGAUUUUGCUGUCGGCUGAAAUUUUGUUUCGUGCCGAUGCAGCAGCAAAAAUCCGGAUAUUUAACCAAUCUACUGACAUACCUGUUACCGCAAGUGGAAUUUACAUUAUCAAUGGUCUACGGUCAGAUAUAUCGGAUUGGGGAUUGAUAUUUUGUCGUCGUGUUUUCGAGAACCUUACUUUCCAUUAUCUCCCGCAGGCAGACCUCGAACCUGCUACCAAUCGGUUGGUGAAAGAAAAAGCCAAGAACAUCCAGCCCACGCCCUCAGCAGCGAAGUCCAAAGAGAAGCAGAUCACUGACUGCAUUCAGCUUCCGCGACACCCAUGGCAACAACUUGAAGCGCUACUGGUUUUUGCAGAAAUCCUCAGGUGGCCCGGUUUUGAAAAGAUGAAGCAUAUCAUGACGGAGAAAUUGGAGGCCGCCUUUACGGAUCGAUCGAAUUUGCUGAGCAUGUUUGCUUCUCCAAUACGUACAGAACCCCUGCCGAACAACAUUAAGCCACUGGGAAAAUGCGACAUGUACCGCAGAAGCCACACGUCAAACCUAAUCCAACUCCAUGACUGCAGCACUUUUGCUGGUGAUUCGGACCUCUACCUUGGAGGGUGGAUAUCUCGUACUUGGCUAACUGGAUUGGUCAUGCCAGGUGAAUCCAUAUGUGACAUUUUGAUAUCUACUCUUCUGGAGAACGACCCCGAGGCGGUGAAAAGGCUUGGGCCCAUUGCUAAUCUAUAUGGUGCUUUUAUAUACAAAGGCCGCAGUUGGUGGAGUAAAGCAUGUGUUGUCGGUCGGAUCCUUGCCAGUCUCAGCGAAUCUUCCAUUUGUAUGGGUUGGAUCAGUACGCCGGUUAUUCCACUAGAUGAGACAGGGGCUCCCCUCGGCGAUGGUUGGCUUGAGAUCGAGACGAUUAACAACAUCAAAAAUAAUGUAAAUCCCCGGAUAAACCAGGGACUAGAGGUUCUUCUCGACUCGUCUCCCCUUGGAGUGGAGGGUGACUUGACAGCAACCGCUUUCUCACUGCCGCUUGAUGAAGCUCACCCCGGCACAGAUCUUGAUACCCAUAUAUCGUAUGAAAGUUCCAUUCUGUCUAUACAACGCUCACAUAAUCCUUCUGUUCUUGCGCGCCCUCGCAAGGCUACUGCACAUCUAACAUUUACACUCGCCCCAUCCUCAUCAGCACCAUCUAAAAUUACCUUCCAUAUAAAGUACAAUGUCUCGUUCAUAUCAUCUUUUCCCUGCCUUCCACCGUUUGGCUACAUCGCACACCCCAAUACACCGUUCGGCUCCAAGCCUCGGCGCAGCCGGCACUACCACCGUCUCAAUUCUUUCAAAAACGAAAAGCGCCGGUCAUCGCAUAAGAAAAAUGAUAUCCCCAAGAAGGGCAAACCCCGUUGCUACUCCCGACUCCCUGGCCACCCACUUCACACAGAUUCGUUUCCAUACAGCUAUAUCCCUAUCCAUACAUUACCAUCAACCCCCUUCCCACCAACUCCGACACCAAACUCCCCCCCUCCAGAACAUCAUUCAUUCCACUUUCCGGCACACUACCUAUCGCUCGCGACUGAUCGCCGGCCAAAGCGUGAACAAUCGCGACAGAAACACACAUAUAUCAUCGACGCACGCGGUAGCAAUGACAAAGAGCUCUUUGCACGUUCAUGGUGUGCAAUGGUCGGUGUAAAUGCAGUCGUAGGCCGCGUUAAACGGACGUGUAUGGCGUGCUGUAUCCGAGAGGCCAGGGCGGCGGAUGUCCCUAUAGUUAUUCGCGUGGGGAGGGCUGCGGAGAAGUGCCCAAUGCGAUGA